AUGGCUCGAGAGGGAUCUUCGAUCGAGGCAAAUGGUGCUGGCUCCAUGGCCAACCAGGACCAUGAUGGCCACAUCACCACCCCCGGCACUGUGACAAUAACGACUGAAGAUCGCCGUCUGCGUCGUCGAGAAGCAGGCCGAUGCGGCGGUGUGUUCCAGGUCAUCCGUAACGACAUAUGGGAAGGGUAUCAGUACGCUCCGCAAGGUAACCAACCACGUCUCGCUGGAGGAGAAGAUCGAGGAGUAGGCUUAUCUUGGGACACGAUCGAAUCUGCAUCCACUUCGUCAGCAUCAUUGGUAUCAGACUCAACUCUGCAGCCUACCCCUGACCCUUGCUUCGAUCCAGACUCAAGCUUCGUUCCAUUCAAGACCACCACAGCUCCUGGACGAAAGGGAGAAAACAAGUCGAAAUGGACAGUCGACCGAACGGGUAAGAUACGGAACAAGAUGACCAGUGAGAUUGUCGACACCAAUGACGCGAACAGAAACUGCUCCUUCUUGGGUCCGCAGAUCAAUCCAGGCGCAGGGAUUCCAGAGACCAAGGACGACUCCGGACCUCCUAUUAUGCCUGUGCAUAGCACACAGACAGAUCUGGAGAUCACUUCCGGCCAGAAAGGGGCAGCAGGAGGAGAUGCAGACCCGGAGUCAACAGCUGACUCGACCACAAAGACGAAAGCAAAGCCAGAGGCCAGCAUCAACACGCACCACGACCGCCACAACUAUGGCCCAACCCUUAGCUUGUUGAAGACGAGCCUUGUCAAGAAAAUCAAGGGUGUAAAGUGGAUGCCGAACUUGACUCGUCGUCGUGGCCAAAGCCACUCCCGUGAAUGCUCGUACACCAGUGCAAAUCCAACCCCCAGAACGGCUCCAACGUCGGUCAACAAAGCUUCACGAGUCGUACGCAAACAACCAGGAACAGCUGGAAUGCUGGACGUGGACGUGAACAAAAACAAAAACAAACCGUUACCCUGCAUUCCAAGCCUCAUGACCACGGAAUCCGACAUUGAUCUGCGUCUGCAUCCACGUCCGCAUCCACGUCCAUGUCCAGGUCCAAGUCCAAAGCCAAACACACACGGUCACGGGAACGGGGAGGCACCGACUCACCUUCAACAAAGUCCCAAACUACACCCGCAACUGUUAGGCCACAUAAGAACCACCAUGACUGAGACUCGAACAUCCUCGUUGCCGUCGGCGCCACAAUUGCCAGAGAUCACAAUCAUGUCUCCAAGUCAAGCCAAAGAGUGCAUGGCGGCGCUGGUGCUGGACCCAGCCUCUCAAACUCCGAUUCAAAAUGACAGCGAUAAUCGAAACGAGGAAAUCGACAAGGCUUUCUUCUCUUCACCUCCGCUUCCGUUUCCACCUCCAGCCAGUGACGCAAACACACACACACACACACACACACACACACACACACACACGCCAAUAGGGGCAAAGACACAGACACAAACACAGACGAUGAGACGACAGGGAGAAGACCACUGA